AUGAGCAGCGCCGAUUUUCAAGUUCUCCCACUACUUUUGGUCGGAUUUGCAACCUACCAAUUGGAUCGAACCAAUAUCUCCAGCGCGCUGACAGGCGGAUUAGCAUCCGCCAUCUCUGUGGAUCAAAACACAAUUAACCUCGGAAAUCAAUUGAUGUACAUUGGUGUGAUUGUACUUGAAAUUCCAUCAAAUAUUCUUUUACAAAAGGUAAACCAAGCUUGCCGACACUAUCGCAAUGGCUCAUGGAUUGGCCCCCGCUGGUGGAUUGGCGGACAGGUUUUCAUAUUUGGCGUGAUUGCUGCUUUACAGAUUUUCAUCCGCAACAGGACUGGCUUUCUUCUCACAAGAGCCAUUUUGGGACUCGCAGAAGCGGGAUACAUUCCCGGUGCUAUGUACACCUUGUCCACAUGGUACACAAGAGAGGAGAUUACCAAGCGCAUUGCGAUCUUUUUCUUUGGGAUGUUUGGUGGCACUGCCAUCUCGCCAUUAUUGGGGGCAGGACUUUUGAGAUUAGAUGGCAAGGGUGGAAUCUCAGGGUGGCAGUGGAUUUUCUUGGUGGAGGGGAUUUGGUCGGUGACCAUCUCUUUGAUGCUGAUGUUUCUUCUCCCGGAGAAGACUAAGUAUCAAUCAGUAUUGGAGGUAAAGAAACUGAAUUCAGAAGAAACUCAUGACACGCACGAUCCGGUAGCUCGACGGAUACCUUUGACGGUUGUCUGGCAAACACUGACCAAUGUCUACAAAUGGCCUCACUUUCUUGCAACCGCUUGUGUCUUUGCUACAUGGUGUCCACUUACCACUUAUACACCGAGUAUCAUUAUGUCUUUGGGUUUCACACGGGUCCAGGCCAACGCCUUAGCUGCUAUUGGAUACUUCAUGACUCUACCAGUGGUUUUAUUUUUCGCUUGGCUAAGCGAUAAAACAAAGAAGCGUGGUCUUACUGUGAUGAUCGCCAUAUCAGUGUAUCUGAUUGCACUGAUUGUUCUCAGGAUAACACAGUCGCAUGUUGGCCGCUGGAGCAAAUUUGGACUUUGGACAACCGUCAAUGGUUUGGCGGUGGGGUAUCAUCCCAUUCACAACGCUUGGAUUCAAAUGAAUAGUCAGACCUCAGAGGAGCGAAGUAUUGGAGUUGCGUAA